GCCAAGACGCUUGACUUGUGAACAUUGAGAGUUCAUUUAUCGCGAGUCUUCGACAAGGAAAGGCGUUCUACAUCAGUUACAUCAACAAAAGGGUAUGUAUAUAUAGUGUAUAUUACACGUUUAUCCAAAUAUCAACACGUUAUUGUUUUUACAUCAGACUUAUGUUCUGUGUGGAUUAUUUCACUAUUAUAGAAGUUAUUUCUAUUGGUCUGAAACUUUUUGUGAAAUAGUGCUCAUAUAUGCUCAAAUUUUUGGCUAUGCGCUGUUCUAUUUCCUAUGUGUCGACCUAUUUUUGCGCAUCUUUUUAAAUCAUUGCUAGUGUAAUUAUUUUGAUCUCGAUUAGGAUUUUCAAUUAACACUUAGCUGACAAGAAGGUGGGAAUAUUUGCACCUUACAGAAACAUCUACACGCGAGCGGAUAUGAAGUGAAUGCAUGCAAGGCGAAAUCUUGCAAAUUUUGUGUAAAUUCAUUUGGUUCCGGUAUAAAAGUAGCGUUAUAUACUACUUUUUGCUUGCUUUUAGCUUAAAGCCCUGUUUAAACGGAUCCAACAUUGUUGGGUCAACAUCAUCCAACAUUGUUGAAAUAAUGGCCCAAACGGCUUCUUUUUCAAAUAUUUUUGUCAAGACUAGGUUUAGAGUUUGAGUAAAGCUUGUCUAACCAAAAAGAUUUGAAAGAGAAGCAGUCAUAUCUAUUAUAGUAACAUUGUUGGAUGAUGUUGUUCCAACAAUGUUGGAUCCGUUUAAACAGGCCUUAAGACCAGAUUCAUAGCGUUUUUCCAUGCGUUAGAUAUGGGGCACUACCCUGAGUGGGUGCCAGGGUUUUUCACGCUCGAGAAAGAAAAUCCGCGCGUCAAAUAACAACGGAACAAUUUCCAAGCGAAGAGAAUCAAUUUUGAGUGGCGAUAAGUGGAUAACGCUUCAUUUGCGCACAUACGUAAGAACGAUUCAUAUACAUAUACGUAAGAAAGAUGCGUAUCUCACAUGUGCGUAUAUUUGCGUCGCAUGAAAGAGUGCAUGCAUGUCGUUCUGGUUAAUUGUGUAUAUUUGUUUUUGACCAUUCAUAUAUUAUGAUGUAAUCAAAUGAUGUCCAGGAAAUUUAUCGGUACAUAUUUCUGAAAACUUUUAACGUGGGCGUCCAAUACUUAAGGCUGAUCUCCACUGUUGCGUUUUUCGUACGCACGUACAUGCACGCACGUAAAACUUUGAAUCCUUCUAUUUUUUAAAUAUUUUACAAAUAAGUUAACAAAUGCAUACUAAAACUUGCGGAACACUAAUUUCUGUUGCUUUAUUUAUUUGGUUAUUUCAUAAGUAACAUUUAAACGGAUUUAAAGUUACGAAUGACCCGACGAAUCCGUACGAACUCCGAAACUCGUUCCCAGUGUAGAAAAGGUUGAUGAACAGUCCCGGCGUCUCAGAGUGUUCGGCGUUUUACGCCGUUUUCCCAGUUACGCCAAACUAGCAAUAGUUUCCAGUUUAGAUCUGCCAAAAACAUAUAACUAUUACGGAAAAAGAAAAAUAUAUAUAAGAUCGUUCAAUCUGAAAACUUUGCUAAAAAAAAAUUGGGAACCAGAUAAGCGUUGCGAAGAUGUCAGCUAGUCUAAAAUCAUAGUAGCACCACCUAAUUAGUAUCUUUACAUGAACUGGUCCGUUACAGCUCGACAACUGGCUUCUGUAGCUGAGUUUGCUAGAGCGCUGUAUUAGAAUCCUGCCUGGAAUCCUUCGAUUCCUGCCAGGGCAGAGGCCGGGCCUAUAGUUGCAUUUUUUCCAAGUGCUCCUGAUUAGAUCUAAUAGAUGUAUAAAAUCCACACUCGAUAUUUCCAUCUAUAAUAUAUAAAAUAUAUUUGACUGUUUUUAGUACGCAACCCACGGUCAGUUUAGCUCAGCCAUGAAUCAGCGCCUCGCGCUAGACAACGAGAAUGUCGCAGACGCGAUAUUACUUAUUAAACUCUGAUGUGAAUGUCGCUAGGGGUUAUCUGAAUUUCCCGAUUUCAUUAAAUUGCCGUUGUUUUUCGUGUGGGACCACCCUGUCUUUAUUGGACAAUAUAUUGAUUGUUGUAUAGCAUUUGCUUAAAAUCAAACGGAAGAUGGAGAGUUUCAUAAAAUACGAAUAAAACAUUUAGACCGCGGCAGACCAAAAUUACUCUCGUGGUGUGGAUGAAAACACCUGAAAAAGAUUGGACGAACUCAAGUUUAUACCAAAACGCUUUUUAUGACAGAAAUAGGAAUAUUUGUAGUACAUGCUAUACUUUAUGUACAGUAUAUAUUUCGUGAUAAUAUUUGGUGCGAAAAUCUAUGCUGUGUGCAUCGGUACCGUAGUUCCAGGAACAUAUGGUAAAAAAAUAUCUAAGUCCUAAUCUCUACACGUGUUAUCAAUUCCACUUGCAUUUAGCCGCAAAUAAUUUUUCUCUACUUAAACUGGUUUACUCGUGCUUAUUUCUGUGGAAUUAUAUAUUGAAAUCGAUUGAAAUCGUAGUUAUUUUACCCUCCAAAGGAUUUAAGCGCAUCGCCAUUUUUGAUGUGGCAUUGUCGUUCUGCUAGGUUCCGCUAAUCAGGUCAAGAUAGGCCGACACUCAUUGUUGCAUUGUUAGCAGAAAAGUUUCGGCGGAUAUGCGAUAAUUUUAUCUUUGUUCACGCCCAUAUAACUGUCUACACCCAUAUAACUAGUAUAGGCUGUGGCCGCUAAGCCAUGAGAUUUGUAUGCUUAGUAGAAUUAUUCUGCAUGUUCGUAAUAUUUUAUAUAUCUCUAGUUUAAAUAAUUACAUGUACAAAGUGAAUAGUUUGAUGAGCUUUUGUAUGCGUCGUUCCCAUCACAUCCUUGAUCAGACAUUAUAGUUCUUGGGGAAGCAGCCAGAGCCGCCCUAAUAAACCUUCGCUUCGUGAAACAUGAGCUUCGUCUCUAUAUAAUUAUGGUCUUUCGCAAUUCAGCAUUUAACUGAAACGUUACCAGUCAUCUUUUGUGCUAGUCUCUUGCUACCAAGUUUGCUGGCCUUGUCAUUCAAAUAUUCCUUCUAUUGUACAAAUAUUUUUGUACAAAUAUUUGAUAUCAAUUAUCGGACUUAUUUGUUUUAAUAGUUGUUCGCCCUCUAGCACUUAAACGCUGACAGCCAAAUGUGCUGAUAUAACUGUAGACCAUCUCUAUAUAGGAGUUGAAUGCAUGCUAGUAGGUUUUAACUUAGGACAUAUUUGAAGCGCACAGAUUAAAGUUUAAUGUAGUUAAAGUUUCCUCCUGCAGUAACAAUGGGACAAUAAGGGAUGAACCUUAUCACACCUCUGUGACAAAAAUCAAUUUUACUGAAAAGGCGGAACAAAACACAUAUACGAACAGGAUAUGUCACAACGUGUUUUGGCGACGGCAGCCUCUGGUUAACAAGCUCUCUGUCGCCAUAAAACUUGGCAAAAGGUCUGUCAAGUCACUAUAUAGUAAAGGAAGUUGUCAGUCUAUUACUAAUAAGGGAAGGAUAUAUCGGGCUUUUGGCAAGUGCUGCCUCUGUGGCAAGGCCCUCUGUCGCCACGAAACUAGCCAAGGAAUGUAAACAGACCCCAUGUAGAUUAUCAAUGAGACUGUCGUCUUUUUUAUAAUUGCUUUUAAAUUAACGAGCUUUAAGGCACACAUCAAUAACGGCGUAAUAUCGCGAUAACGUUUGGCAGAAAACCUGUGAAGAAUAAGGAGCGCACAUCUUGUGAAUUUCCGCGGAAACGAUGGAAUCUUUAUGGUGAAAAGUUCGACCAAUUUGUUCGCAUUUUUGCUCGUGUUUCGUGGACAGGUGGAAUCUGGCGAUAUAGCGGCCAUUUCCGAUUGUCGUGAUCUUGUUAAUUAAGUAAGGCUGCCCCCUUACGCAAACACAGGACGCCUACAAGCUCUAACAAAACAAUAUAGUCAAAACAUGGUCGAAAAAUAUAAUAUUACACAGUUUGCGGUUACAUGUUAAGAAAUUUCCUAGCAUAAUACACUCAUAUAUAGGCGUGGUCAUGCCGGCACUUAUAUCAGAGUGCAUGAGAAUAUUAUCUCCAUUCUAUUCAUAUCUAGUUGAGAGACAUAUUAAUAUGCUUGUUCCUAUCAUGCAGUGGAACUUAAAACAGUUACUACUUUAUCGUUACAUAGAUAAAUCCUUAGAGAUGGACUAUAGUUAUUGAUAUGUAUAUAUAUAGUGCUAUAUAUACAUCCUGUCAGCGCUUUAAGUGCUAGAAGGUAUAAACCACUAAACAAACAACAAAUUUUAUAUCGAAAUAUUUGCAUAAAAUAUUUGUACAACAGCGUCAAUAUUUGCAGAUAAAAUCAGCAUGCAGUAAAUAUCUAAUAAAAAACACAUGCAUUUUAAGAUAAUUGCAUCUUGUGGCUAUAAAAUGUUCUAUCUAGAGUUCCUAUGUCUGUGAGUUCCCAAUAUUGAUACAGUCUUGGAGUCUGUGAGUGUCCUUAUUGAUCCAAACUGAACUAAAUUUCUUUAUACUGGAUAUAGCUCCGUUAGUUUCUCUUAAACUGUUCUUCUCCUAAAUUCUAAAAUCUAUAUAAGUUUGUUUGCGCUCCUAUAUAUACUUCUCAUAAAGUUGACACAUGCGAGAACGUUUCUUCAGAGGUGUAUUUAUAAAAUGUCUGCGGUUUCGGUAUAACUAUAGCUUUUCGCUACUGAAAUCACCGAUCCUAUUUCUUUUAUCUGAAGUUGACAAAGCGUUUUGGAGCAAGUUUUCGUAGUAUAACUUGUUUGUUUCAAAGCUGAUGUAAUAUUUAUUUAUUUAUUUAACAAAUAUUUGUGCCAUCUGUGCUGUCGUAAUUGACGUAGAAUAUCAUUCUCAUGCAUGGAGGAUUUAUAAAAAAAUUCAAAAAAUCCCCGACCUAUACUAGCUGAAUUUUUGCACAACAUGCCAACAAUAAAUAGGAAACGUAUAGGUAUCAUUUUUUCGGCCUGGUGAAAGAUAUAUAGUCUCUUUUCGCUGGGAAUGAGCCAGCAGAGUGAUCGGUAUGGACGUGGUUUGUUUUUUAUUGUCAUUAUAUAAAUGUUAUCUCAAAAUUAUCUCUCUUUAUCUUGUAAAAAAUGAAACUAGCUGUUGUAAACAGGACGGUGUGAAAAAUGAUUUGCGUCAUGCAUGCCAUGAUUUCUUGUUUGUUUCGGGCAUUAUUGCUUUUGCAAGGAGUAAUAAUUAAACGAUGCUAUUGAGGCCGCGUGUAUAUCAUGAAUCUUUCAUUGCGGCUUUGGGGGGUGAAGAGUGAAGACCGAGUAUUAACUGUAUGAGGUAAUAUAGAAUUUCAAUGUGUUAAUUAGUAUUAAAUUGUUUGAUAUAUUGUCAGCUUCCAGUUAUUUGGAUUUCUGUAGAAACGUGACUGUGCCCAUGCAUAUAAGGUACUUGUUUACUAGUUUUUUUGUGGAUUGUUUAUUUCUUCAAUUCUUGGUAGGCUACCUUAAAUACGAUGAAUGGUUAUAGUUAGAUCAUUCUCAUUUGAUUUCAUUGAUUGAAUAGAUCGAGGAAUAGAUCUUAUUUUUAAGGUUGUUGUUUAAUUGCAUUGUUUUGGAUUAUAUUUUGCCGAUGCUGGUUGUACAUACACAGGGAAAAAAUUCUUUUUCGAAUCCAAUAAUGGGUUUUGAAUUAUUUUUAAAGAUUUACCUUCAAACUCAACUCUUACCAAUUAUUGCAUUUGGUUAUUAUAAUUCUCCCAAAUGGUAACUAUUUAUUUUUGAUUAUUUACCAUUAAUCAUUAUUAAUCUACAAGUCAUACGCCUGUAUUCCAAAAACUCACUCACACUCACUCACACUUCAAUCUGAGCUUCCCUUGAGUGUCAGUGCUGUUUUUGAAUAGCUGGAGGGUAAGUAGUCACAUAGUAAGGUACGAGGCUAACCCUCUAACUAUUCAAAAACAGCACUGACACUCAAGGGAAGCUCAGAUUGAACCUCCCGUCCACUCUUUGAGUGUGAGUGAGCUUCUACAAUGCAGGCGUAAUAGUCACGAUGAGAAACAGCGCGCUAUAACUGCCACCCACGAUUGCCCUUCAUAUAAUUUGUAAUUACCUUAUCCGGCUUCAUUACAAAAUCGUUAAAAAAACGAACAAAAAACGCUACUUCUAAAACAAUCACUGUUUCCUAUUGCAACACCACAGAUACAAUUAUCUGCAUGAACGCGACUUGGUCGCAACAAAACAAGCUCAUUUAGUGCUAAAUUACUCCAGAAACGUUUUUAAAUCAUUGUUCAAUCAACGUCACACCAUGACAUGGUUUGUGGUGUGCGCAAUCGAUUGUUCUGGGGAGAUAUUUACCAUUUGUGCCUCAGCUGGGGGCCGUGCAUUGCCUGCUGUGAAAGCAUUAAUGUGACGGCAGCCGAUGUGGUGACGAUAUAUCUCUGUUAUGAUAAUCUGAAAUAGAAUCGAAAUGUCACAAACUUAUUGUCGUCUUGUUUUGACGAAUCUUGAGUUUCAAGAUACUAUAAUGUUUUAUUUUAUACUUUUACAGUAAGCAAUAGAUUUAUUUAACAUUCGCUAAGUUAAGCUUGCUACUGUGGGUAGAGCAGGGUGUUUAUUUAUAUGUCGAGUGUACUGACUUCGCUUCGCUUGAAACUUCAUGAAAAAGUAGAAUUUUGUUGUUGUUCUCCUGUGUGCUUCGAGGGUAAAACCUCCCUCACCGAAAACUAACCCUUAAUUGCCAAGCCCUUGCGGGCCUCACGUGUCGAGCACCUUACAUGAGCCUCUGACAGUGUGUGGUUGCAAGCAAUCGACAUCAAAUAGAUAAAUUAUCAAAAACUUUUUAACCUCUGUGCCUGUGGUGGGAACACAACGUUUAUUGAGUCAUUACGAAGCUAUAGUCUGUAUAUAUAGAUACAGUUUUUGUAAUUCCUUGAUUAUAACAAAGAACGCAAUAAAAUUAUAUAGAAUACAUUUUCUAAAGAACGGAUCACAAAUUGAUCACUGUCGUUUUUUCACGGAUGCCAAUCGCAAAACUACAUGUUCAGCUUUGUAUCAACUGCGUUUAUUUAUGUCGCAAUAAAUAAAUGCUAAAUAGAUCUGAUAACAAUGUCAAUGACAAUACGUAAAUAAUACAAAACUUGAUAAAUAAGCACAAACGAAUGAUUUAUAUUUAAUGUAAACCUGAACUUCAAAAUACGAUAUUUAUCAGGAAUUUGCCAGAACUGUCUAAUAGCGGUUUUUGAUAAUCUGUUAUUCACAUUAAGGGAAACCACACUGUUUUCCGUCUGUUUGAGCGUCUGAUAAUGACAAAGAAUUUUUGACUUCUGAAAAUGUGUGGUCCGUUCACGCUUAACGCUCGCGCACCUGUGUGUUAAAAUGUAGUGGUUUUCAUUGAAAUUUAAGUCAAUAUACCCAAGCUUACAACUUUUAUAAUCUCUCCCUUGUACUGAAGUAAUUCUUAUAUAAAAACAGUCGCUCAAACAGUUAGAGUUUAUCCGGCAUUCCUCGUAGGUUGACAGCACUGUCUAAACUUUAGAACAAAACCUCUACGGAGUUUGUGGCGAACCGCUGAUAUAUAAUUAGGUAAAUAGCUUUUAUUUAAACACGAGCUGCACGCAGAAGAACAGCUUGAUGCCAUAAUGGGACCUACCUCUCAUCUUAAAAUGGCAUUGAAAUGUAUAAGAUGGGGAAGUAAUUGGAUAAAAUUUCUGGGCAUUCAUGUGUCUUGAAGUUCGAGAAAUAUAAAAUAUUUGUGUUCAUAUUAUUCACAAAUGAGAAGAGCCUGGCUUGGUGAGAUCUCGCCUUGCGCCAGGUGGGAACAAAAACAGUCGUAUGAACACAAGAAAUAAUUAAUCUCCCUCAGCUUUCUGGCAAAUCGAGCACGUAUGAACAUGCCCUAUACAAGUAGUGGUGUUCCUGCUGUAGUUACCAUGCACUUGCGCAUUUCAUAUCUUCAAUUCCUCGAACAUGAGAAGCGUGCUUCCAAUGUGUAAAUGAAUGUAAACAAAGUACAAGUUUAUUUUGUACAGUUCGUUUUUUUUUAAUUAUAAAUGGCAUUCCUUGACAUAAGUGUCAAAUCAAUUUUUUGUUAGUUUGUUUUAAACAUUUAGAAUUGUUUUGUCACAAUGACUGCAGUUGUCACUUUUUUAGUUUUUUAGUUUUUUUAAUCCCAUAUAUUAUGUCGCUAAAUAUGUUAAUUAAUUUAGGCAUAAGUAUACACUGUCAAAUAAGGAUUAAUUACUUUUUGUGAAAUACGUAAACGUGAUGCAUGUUUUCCGCAAAACAAGUCAAUUUACAUUAUAUUUAUCACCAUAAAAUUUUCAGGUCACACAAAUCAUAAACAAGUCAUUAAUAUAUAUUAUUCCACCAAAACAAAAGGCCCGCGAAAUUAUAGCCUUUUGAAAUGUAUAAACUGAAGCACCAAAACGAGGCUAGCCAGGCUUGUUUGCUAAAUAUAGCAUAAACAUCAGUAUUCUAAGGUUUAAUUCAGUCUCCAAAAGAGAAAACAUGGCUCUAUAUAUUCAUACCAUAUAUUAACAAAUCUGGAACAAGGUGUUAUCAUCUUGUGACAAGGUUGAUGACGCCAACAGACUCGCAACAAGUUGUUCCAACAAGUUGUUCCAACAAGUCUGAUAUCGUCUGCACGUAACAAGUCGUUGACAAAUCGAUGACAACAAGCUCGUAGCAACUUGUUACGAACAGGUUGUAUUCGUUUUGUCGGAACAACAUGUAGGUUACGGGCAACAAGUCGGUUUCGGUCAGCGACCUUGUAAGAAAGUGACAACAACUUGUUCUAGACUUGCAUCGGACUAUAUAUUUUGCGUCAGAAGCAGCAAAUACGGUGUGAAAACUCGUACACACCACGUACACUCAAGUUUAAUUCAAUUUUUAAGUGGAUAGUGAUUGUUAAUACUAAUAGAGCUAUCUGAUACUUAUCUCGUGUUAAUGAUGACCCCCUGCCACCUGACCACUCUCUAUAGCCUAUUAUACCUGCGAGUACAGACAAGGUAAUGAGAACCAAAUAACCACAGGUGCCAAGCCGAGCCUAUUUCAUAGCAAACAGCGCGGCUCUGGCGACAUUACUAACCGUACACAGCUGACAGGAUGAUCGGUCUUUGAACGACAACAUAGUAAACCUCGUCUCGUAUUUUCUAGAAUUGUUCUGCGUGAUCUAAGAUUCUACGAAAAGCUAAAAAACCUAGAACUGCCGACAUAUUUGAUUGACGAGGUAUGUGUUGCAGUGAAUUGUUAAUUGUUAUUGUUAAAUCUUUAUGCAGCCCCUGUUAACUAUAUAUCAUGCAAAAUUUUGUUGUCGUACCACUGUUCUCAGUUGCUCUAGCUCUUUUAGUGAGUAUGUGAUUUUGGGUGAUUAUAAAGCAUGCUUGCGCCAAGUAAAUUGCUUUUUAAUGACGAGGUAUUAUAUUGUAGUUUGUAUUGUAUGGACAGUAUAGUGUAUCACUAUUAAGCAAUCCUCCGGCAAAAUUCCUUUCAAAUUACUAUCGAUGACAUGCUUUCUAUUAUGCCUUUACGAAACAGAUUAUAUACAGCCCAUAGUCGUAUUGGUUACUGUGUUUAAUACAUCUCAUGUGUUCUCCAAGGAAUUCAGGAUUCCAAACAUUCAGCCGAUAUUUGUAUUGUACGUUUCAAUUAAAAGUCCCCUUAUUGUCUACUGACCGUGAUAUAGUAUCGGUAUAGAUACCUGGUAUUGAAUCUAGUUUUGCCAGAGGCAAUUGGACGUGCCGAAUCACAGAUAUUUCCUAUCUAAUAAUAAAUCUAUUUAUAAAUUGGUUUGCUUGAAUAUAUAUGCCUCUAGGAGGACAAUAUCUUGAUAGAUCGACUCAACUUGUGGUUCGUCUAUUGUUGCAAAAUAACGUAAUGUUUACGAAGCAGGUUGUUGUCGUAUAUGCAUGUGUUUUCAAAUACUAGGCAAUAUUUUAUUCCGUAGGUCUAAAUUUUGGGAGGUUUUUGUGAGUUAUGUGGCUAUGUGCCAGUGAGUGCUUAUAAGAAUGUCUUCGGCAACAUUUUGGUAGAAUUUUAAAUUUGAUUAUAUCUGAGUGCCCUAGAGGGACCUAUGUCAAUAUAUUGGCCUAGAAUAACAAAUUAUAAUAGUUGAAUAAACAUGGCAGGCUGAUAUUUUAACUGAUUGGGAACUUGUGAGAGAUAUGUUUUAAAUGAAUUGAAGUGAAAGGCGAAGCUAAACUAUAUUUGUAAGUUUUAAGAAACAUCUUCAUGAGAUCCACAGGAAUUUUGAGGAAUAUCAGCCUUCAACAUGAGGCAAAACCUGUAUCUUUGAUAUCUUUAAUAUUUUAUCUUCACUAGCUUAAAAUAUGAAAUUCCUGUGGACAAUAUCAAAUAUUUCCUGCUAUUAUAUGCAUGGCAAAUUUAGAUUAUGUCAAAUAUUUUAUGCUGCUAUAUAUAUAUAGCACUAUUGAAUAAUUUAUACACAUAGAUUAUAGCCAAUUAUAGGUUAAAUUGAAACAUAUCACAAAUGUAACAUUACGUGACUGUAGACUAUUUCAAAUAUUUUAUGCUAUAUAGCACAAAUGAAUAUUAAUUGAUACCUAUAUGUUAAAUUGACACACAUCCCAAAUCCUAUUUGCGCCGCGCCAUCUUGAAAACGUUGCCUGAUAUUAUUACAAAAUGAACUGGUGUAGUCGGUUUAAGUUGUGAUAAGCCUGCUUUGCAGUAUUAAAGUUUCUGUGAUGACAGUAGGAAUUUUGCAUGGGUACAUUCUAAGUUUUGAAGGAUUUGUAAGAAAUGUUUGAGCGCGAACUGACGUUUAACACCGAGUCAGUCAUGCUUCAAACAUUUCUUACAAAUCCUUUAAAACUUACAAUUUGCCUUUGAAAAAUUCCUACUGUGAUCACAGAAGUAAAGUGUAAACCAGUUUAUAGGCUCAUAAAUCAUAUAAAAAGUUUGUGACAUAAUGCUAAUUCAAAUUACGUAAAACGAAUCUGGUAAGUUUUGGUGCAUGAUAUACGAACAGAAAAUUGUGGUAUUAAAGAUAUAGGUAAAUGAGAUGGAAAUUAGCCGCCCUCUGGCUGUACCGGUUUUUUCAGAAUUUUUUGUUUGUAUGGGCUCUUCUGUUCUAAUUAUAUUCGCCCUAUAAGGGAUAGAACCGGUGCAUUAAUAGUAAAACCAUCUGGCUGUCAGAUAGAAUGUCUGUUGAAAUUGGAUAAACGAUUGAACACUACUAUUGUAAAAGAAUACGAUAAUUUUUUCGUACGCAAUGGUAAGGAUGAUAAAUAUGAAAUCUCCAUGAAGAAUUGUUGUUUGUGUAUAGAUUUGUGUAGUUACAUUAGGACCUGAGUGUUAUUACGUCAAAGAUUGAUCACUGAUGUACUUCAAAUUGUUUGCGAACUAAAACGAACGUAUCUAAUUGUUUCAGAAUUAGAAUUGUCCAGAAUUAAUUAUUCACCACUUGGCUUCGUCUCCUGCUGAUCAAUGGCAAUAAAACAUUUUUGUGAAAAGUUCACGAGUGGGGAUUGAUUCGAAUCCGGCGUCUAUUAUCGGUUCUUUUGACUUUUUUCUGCUAUCAUAUUUGUCUAGGAUUGCUAAUUUGAAGAAUAUACAUUGAGAUCUAAAAGACGGAUUUUAAUUAAAAGGUAGAGAUACAUUAGUAAUUCUUUGUAAGAAUCUCGAAAACCAUAGAGACUGCACGUUGGGUACCGAUACAGUGACAGAAUAGUAUUUUGUUGCCGGUUGAAUUACAAAAAAAGGUAUGAAGGACAUUAAUUUAAUAGUUUUAGAAUUUAGGAAUUCUGCCGUAAAGUCAGAUCUAAGACUAUAGUGUUGGGUUUGUCAACCUUGCUUGCGUUAAUGAAAUGCGGCAUCUAUUCAGUAUUAUUAGAACGAAAUGCAAUGUACAUCUGUGUUUAUAUAACGCUGCUUGUAUUACAACAAAUGCAUCCUCUAUCAUAUUUUGAGGAAAAGGCCACUCACUUGUGCUGAAGAGUGAAGUAUAAGCUAUGCAUGUUUAUCUAUAACUUCGAGUUAUUUAUCACACUAAGUUGUGAACCAUGCAGCAUCCUUUUUUUAAUAUGCUAGAAAGCUUCAUUGAAUAUUUUAGCUAGGAAAAAAAGAUGAUUAAAUCCAACUUAUCCAAGUGCAAAGCCAUUCUUUGUCUAACCUAUAAAGUUUUCAGUUAUUUGCUGUAUAGACCGAAAUUUUUGCCUGUGGCCGCGUAUAGUAUACUAUAAUACAUCAUGUAAUAAGUUCUUUGUAAGCUUGCGUGCAUGGCGAUAAAACAUAUAAUACUUUUUGUUUGUGGAAACACCAUGUAAAUUUAUUACUGCAAAGCUUUCGAUCACAUUAUUAGCACUGAUGAAGAUCCGAGAUUACGGAUCGAAAGCAUUGCAGUAGUAAAUUUACGUGGUGUUUCCACAAAGAAAAAGUAUUAUAAUACAUCAUGUAUUCAAUAUUUUUGAUACUGUUAAUUUGCAUCGAUACUAUGUCUACGUGACAACCUCUAACGUAUUCAAAUUCUUUGUAAAAAGGUUGGAAAUCUUAGAUACUGUUAAAUCCAUGCAGUGGUAAAUAAUUAAUGUCACGUACAAGAAAUGCAUCCUUCAAUAUAUAUAUAUAUAGCCUAUUUUUAGGAAGAAAAGCAUUUGUAAUAAAUCCAAGUGUAAAUCUCUAUUUGUCUAAUCUAGAGAUCCCAAAGAGGAUUCAUCGUACCUCUGUUAAACCUAGUCCUAGAGUUUCAUUUUGGUACUUAAAGAAGGAAGGAGGAAUCUUCCUAUAUGCUUAGUGAUGGUGAACGUCUCAAACGCAAGCGAUAUGACAGACGAGUUGAAUGACACCACAAAAAUUAUAAACAUCUUUAAUUAUUUCCUGUACACUUUGAUUGUCGUGUUUGGGGUGCCUGGUAAUAUCAUGGUAGUGUGGUCUCUUUUACUAACUCGGAAAGACAAAGUGAAUCGCAGUUAUAAAAUUCUCGUCAUCAACCUAGCUAUCAAUGACAUUAUACUGGUUCUGAUCACAUCACCAUUUCAAAUCACCCAGCUGAUUUUUGAAACUUUUCCUUUUGGCCGCGUGAUGUGUUCCAUCCUCUGGCCUUUGCAGACCGCGUGUUAUGGUGCAGGCCUGUUCAACAUGGUUGCAUUAAAUGUGCAUCGAUACUAUGUGAUAUCCUAUCCAACCAGUAGCAGAUCGUUAGGAAAAGUCACUGGUGUUGCCGUAGCUUUAUGUUGGAUGAUACCAUCGUUAAUUACUGCGUUACCGUAUGCGCUAACUCUGCAAUAUAAUUCUACAACAGAAGAUUGCGUGGAAACGUGGGGUGACUACACGGCUGGUGUUUAUACCAUGUAUCUAUUCUCAGUACAGUACAUUCUACCUUUAAUUGUUAUCGCUACAUUGAAUUUGUUGACUAUACGCCGAUUGAAAAGGUAUGUUGUUUGCUUUUGUUUUGUAUAGAGAUUAUAGCUCAAGUUAUCUGAAUUCUUGUCAUCUAUUUGUUUUGAUAAGUAUCUGUUAUAUUCCUUAUCUUCAAUCGUGAUUAGUUCUGUUUGCGUUUUGUUUACAUUUUGUUCCUGUUACGGUUAUCUCAUAGAGUGGGUCCUUGUUCGUUUGCGUACCAAUAACUGAUAUAAUAGAUUUUACUCUUUAUUGCAAUUUUACCCCAAUGGCCUCGCUUUUAUCUUUGCCUGCUUUACUUCAGCAUGCGCACAUGAAAGUUGUGUACCUAUAUAUCCCCAUGGUUUAUGCACGAGCCCAAUCACAAGCCGGAAUUAACCACAUGAAACGAGGGCAUUGUAUCACGAUUGCAGGCAUUGGCUUUAUUUUGUUUUCUGUUUACUGUUGUUGCGAUCACUAUUGUUGGUUUUUUCUUGUCGUUUGUUUGUUUGUUUGUUUGUUUGUUUGUUUGUUUGUUUGUUUGUUUGUUUGUUUGUUUGUUUGUUUGUUUGUUUGUUUGUUUGUUUGUUUGUUUGCUUUGUUUGUUUGUUUGUUUGUUUGUUUGUUUGUUUGUUUGUUUGUUUGUUUGUUUGUUUGUUUGUUUGUUUGUUUGUUUGUUUGUUUGUUUGUUUGUUUGUUUGUUUGUUUGUUUGUUUGUUUGUUUGUUGUGUUUACUUUAUGCUGUUGACCCCAUGGUCAGUGCAUUCUUUUAUUGUUGAUAAUUUUACUGUUAGAAUUUUUCGGCAUUGGUGUCGUGUAUUAUUUCUUAUUAAUUAAAAUUGUUGUUUGAUCUCUGUGAUUGACUUUUUGCUGUUUACUCUUACUAACAGUUUUAUGUAUUCAAUAUUUCCAGACGUUACAUGUUCAGACUAAACACUGCGAGACUCUCAGCGGACAAUCUUCACGCGCACAAAAGAAUUGUCAAGAUGCUCAUAUCCAUAAUCCUCAUUUUCGCAUUAUUUGGGCUCCCGGGACAGAUCAUGUGGUUAAUACCUGUUGUUACAGAAAUAAAAAAUAACUCGAACUACUUUGCAAUUCUGUCAUUGGUCGAUAUUUUUAACUACAUGUACUGCGUAUUAAACCCUGUGCUAUUCUUUACCUACAACAACGAAUGUUAUGGGAGACUGAAAAAAUUUUUAGCCUCCGUGUUUUUUUGUUGCGGAUAUCGUUGGGAGAUUUCGUCACAGACCGGGACUCGUCACGAGGCAGUCAAGACUCUGUUAAAAUCGCGGGCGUCAGAUAGCCAAGACACAAGCGGCAGUGACGGCCCGCGGGUGGAUUCAAGAUACGCGCCAGCAAUACCGAAGAAUUUACUGGACAAACUUCAUGAGAACUCGGCAAAAGACAGUGAACAACACAUGGUCCCAGCAGCGAUCUACUCGUCGCUUACCGGACUUUACACCCCCGCUGGUAGUUGCCAUGGUAAUGGGCUGGACAAGAGUACCCAAGGCUCGUCACAAGUUAUUAAAGUGGCGGCUGACGACAAAGAGAUUUUUCGCGGGAGUUUUGUGGAGUUGUUGAGGACUAGGAAUCUUAGUAAUGACUUGAUGAAGCGUUUAGAUGAGUCGCCUGAAACAGCUAUAGUGGAAGAAGGGCUCCCUAACACAGACCAGGAUAAGUUGUAACAAUGGGAUUUUUACAUCCAUAAAGUUCUGUUCAAAAUAUCAUAAUUUGUAAAUAAUUUAAAAUGACAAAUAUAUUUACGAGUCCUGAGACAUGCAAGGUCGUUCCUAGGAUCACCAAGAUUUUUAUGCUAUCUAGAAAUCGCGACUAAAUUGUAUUGCUUAUUUUCCUCAGCAAUGAAGGGGGUGUCCAAAUAGCUCAGUGGUCAAAGCGUUGGUACAUCCACCCUUUGAAUGUAUACAUAUAAUAUUUGUAAAUGUCCAACAUCUCAGGGUCUUGGUUUUUUUUUAAACAAUAUAUAUUUACAUUUGUUCCAGGGUCUUGCGGGUUCGAUUGGGACAAAAAAUGUAUCCAAGCAAUUGACCAUUUGGACACCCCAAGUUACUAGAUUGAAAACGAGAAUUAGCCUCUCUCGUGCUAUACGACCAGGCCUUUCCCUCCAUUUUGGAUGGCAGAGCGCAAAUUAGAUUGCAACAAGUGAAGUACACACACAAGUUGUAACAAACCUGCAGCAGACUUGUAGCAAUGCUUUUCCCAACAACUUGUCAACAGGAUGUGUUCGCACUGCUUGUUCCCAGCUUGCAACGGCUUGUUGAAAACUUGCUACAAGGUUGUUUAGCUCAACAGACUUGUUACAACUUGUUAUCGUCCUGCAAUUCAACAAUCGGUCAACAAGUUGUGAGUGACAAUCUUGUAGCAACUUGAUAAAAGAACAGCAUUGUUACAACUUGUUGACAAGCUUGCUACAAGCCUGUUGCGAACACAUCUUGUUGACAAGUUGUGAGAUUUUUAUGUGUGUAGACUAGUAUGAAUUUAGUGAUGUAAUAACACAGUACUAUUGAAACCUUCGGUUGUUGUCAGCCUUGGAACCUGUUGUUGUUUAUAUGUUUCUAUAUUGUAACGUGUAUGGAAAUGGAAUAUCCGUAUUCAUAGUCACUGUUCAAACUCCAAUUUGUGACGUAAAUUCCGGAUAUUGGGUUGGCAUACCAAACAAACUGAAAUAUCUCAGAAACAAAGUGAGCGAACGAAAAUCUUCAAGAUAAGUUAUUAUAUCAUUUCAGAAGUUCUUCAGAAUGAGAUGAUAAAAAGAUUGAGGUUAGGUGUACACUUUAAUUAAUUAAAUCAAUACUCUUAUUUCUAUAUAUUUAUUAUUAAAUCUGUACUAUUUUGAAAGUUGCCUACAUAAUGUAACCACCGUAGCUUAGAAGAACUUUCUCUCAAACUGUAAUCGCAUGCUCUGGCAAUAAAUAUAAUUAAAUUCUGCUCAUGGCCAGAACCAAGUGUGUUUCUAUAACGUACGAAAACACAUCAUCAUCUAUGGGAUUGUCCAACCUCACGAGGUUUUCCGCGACACUCGGCUGAGAUUGCUACGACCGUAGCCCGACUUUAUACCGUAGAUAACAUAUCAGCUGUGCCAGAACCACUCCUAACUCGGAAUCUAGUCAAAUGUGAAUUAUUUUGCUUAAAUCUUAACAAGUAGCCCAGUUUUCCAAAUGAAUAUUCACCAUUGUAUAUGAAAAAUAUUAGAGGAUUUAGCGCUGAGUUCGCAAAAACAAAUAGCUCUGAAACCUCGAGUAGUGUCGUCCAUCUUUCAUCACCGUGUGAAAAUGUGAGUACUAUCCAUGCGAGUUGCCCUGGAAACCAAAAUAUGGCGAAUACAGCUACGAUGCAUAUGAGCAUGCGCACGACGUUGUUGUGACGUUCCAGGAUUGUAGCGUUGAUGAUAGCAUAGUUCUCUCUAUACAGAUCGUGCCUGUAAAUCGGUAGAAAUAUUAAAAAACUGAUAAGUGGAAGGAGAGAGAUAGAUGGAUGUAAAAACGAAAGGAAGGAAGCACAUGGGUUUUUCUUGAACUGCGAUACUGGCUACGUAUACGCGAAGAAAAGUUUAAGUCGUUCUAAAUGGACCUAUUACCUAAUGAACAAAAUUUUAAUCUAGACAAGUCUAGACAAAAAAUUUACCACGGCUUGAAAGAGCAUCACAAAAUUAGUAAUAUUCCGAAGUUUCGUUGCGAAAUGCGGAUAAUUUAGCCCUGCGAAGUUUGCCGUUUUUCAGUCAUUUUGUAUUACGCACGGGAAAUUGAUACCUUUUUUCAGAAAGCGGUAUCAAUUUCCCGUGCGUAAUACAAAAUGACUGAAAAACGGCAGACUUCGCAGGGCUAUAUUAUCCGCAUUUUACAACAUUUCGCAACGAAACUUCGGAAUAUUACUAAUUUUGUGAUACUCUUUCAAGCUGUGGUGAAAU